AUGAUGAUGAUGAAGAUGAUGAUGAUGACGAUGAUAAUGGCAAUGAUGAUCAAUUAUGUUGAUGAUAAGAAUGAUGAUGAUGAUGAUGAUGAUGACUCGGAUGAUGAUGAUGAUGAUGAUGACUCGGAUGAUGAUGAUGACGAGAAUUAUGUUGAUGAUAAGAAUGAUGAUGAUGAUGAGGAGGAGGGGGAGAUUGAAAUUUAUUCCAACAUCCGAAAUCUGCUUCCGGUAUACAACUAA